AUGUUCAGUCAAAUUAUCAAGUCCGGAAUACAGUCACAGAAGCGUUCAGUGUCCACUGAAAGUCUUCCAAAACUUGCUGUGAAGAAUAAGUUCAAAUCAAGAGGUUCAGCAUUCAACUUCAAACCUCAAAAAGUCGAGCCAGGAGUUUACCAUCAACCAUCUCCAUCCAUCCCUUCGCCUUUGCAGAAAACCCCAAAUGCUUUCUUGCCAGCUUCUGACAUUAGAAAGUCUAGUUCUUCUGAAUACACUGCUGAAGAUGUUUCAUACAUGCCACCAUUGUCCAGUGUAAAGGAAAAGAAGUACCAUUUGACCGCACAACAAAUUGAAGAAAUCAGACAGCUAAGAAACAGUGAUCCAUACACCUACACCAGAAAAGCAUUAGCUAAGAAAUUCGAUUGCUCGGAGUUCUUUGUCAGCUUAGUUGUUGAUUGCCCACCAGAUAGACUUAAGGAUAUGGCAGGAAGAUUGGAUACCAUUAAAUCUACAUGGUCCGUUAGAAAGAAGGAAGCUAAAAGCGACCAUGAAAAGAGAAAACAAAACUGGUACCGUAAUGCUUAG